GACUGAAGCCGCUGUUGCCUAUUAGAGAUUAUUCAGGCGGCUGAGAAGCGAAUUCGCGCUUUUGGUUUUCUUUCUUGGGCUCGUGCGUCCGGCUUUCUGCUGUGUGUGUUUUUGAAAUCUCACACUGGACAUAUUCAGACAUCAUUUCCUCGGACGGGAAUAUCGGGUGGUCAAACGGGACAAUUGAAUUUGCGUUCAGCACGGACCGGAGGAUUUAAACGGCUGACCGCAAAGCGCUUCUUCUGCUUUAAGCCCCCGACACCGAACGUAUUACACAUUGGAUUCAACUUCGGGAAAGUUUAACGUUUGCUCGGAAGCAGGCAGAUUCUGCUGCUACCCAUACCGCGGGAUGCGCUGAAUUGCGCUGGAGAAUAUUUCGAGACUCAAAGAAAGAGAACAUCGUGGACGUCCUGAAUUUCUGCUCUUUUGUCAAAUACAAGAAUAUGCCGACUCUAAUUUAGUAGACAGAAGCGUCGAUAUUUCACAUCUUAUUUAUUUAAUCCGCUUAAAAACUGCGUGGCCAAAUCUACCAACAUUUUGAUAUAAUGACCUGGAGCUGAGACUGGAGAUAAAGGACUGUCUCGGAACUUGUAGAAGCGCGGUUGGGGUGGUCGGAACAUGAAGUCAGUCACCGGUCUGUUUGUUGGAAGUGUGUUGCUGUGUUCAACGAUCUCGUCCUGGAGCGCGUCUGCCGGCGGCUAUGGAGACAUUUCUAGGCUUGGUUCCGCUGAUUUUAAUGGCGUAAAUAACUUCAGCACCUUCCUAUUGGAUCGUGUGUCUGGGAUGCUCUACCUUGGUGCCCGGGAUGCAGUCAUCGCUGUGGAUACUGCUAAUCUAUCAAAGAGGAAAAUGAUUGAGUGGAGUGUUCCAGAGGAAAAGAGGAAAUCUUGUGUUGCUAAGGGAAAAACUGAGGAUGAUUGUAAGAACUACGUCCGCCUGCUGGAGUUUUUGGGUGAUGGACACAUAUAUGCCUGUGGGACCUUUGCCUUUGACCCCCAGUGUGCAUUUAUUAACCUCUCUUCAUUCACUCUGGAGAAACAUGAAGAUGGUAGCAUAAGGAUGGAGACGGGGAAGGGGAAAUGCCCCUUUGAGCCCAGCCAGCAUUACACAGCGGUCAUGGCAGGAGGAAUCCUUUACACUGCUGCCACAAGCAACUUUUUAGGGACAAUGUAUGACAUUUCCAGGGCAACAGGCAUUGAGCAGGAACGUAUCCGCACUGAACAAUCGAUCAAUUGGCUUAGUGAUCCAGAGUUUGUCGGUUCUGCCUUCAUCCAAGAGGAUAAGAACAACAACCCUACUGGUGAAGAUGACAAAAUUUACUUUUUCUUCACUGAAGUAGCUAAAGAAUAUGACCUUUAUGCCAAGGUCAAAGUGCCCCGAGUGGCCAGAGUCUGCAAGUCUGAUGUAGGUGGUAUGAAGACUCUGCAGAGGCGGUGGACAACGUUUCUGAAGGCCCAGCUGGUGUGUGAAGACCGGGCAAGUGGACAGCGAUUUAAUGUUCUGACGGAUGUGUUCACUGUACAGCACCAGCCUGGAGACCCAAGCAGCACACACUUCUAUGGCAUAUUCACCUCACAGUGGGAAAGAGGGGAGCUGUCGGCUGUGUGCGUGUACAGUCUGGAGGAGAUCAAUAAGGUGAUGAAUGGACCCUUUAAAGAGCUGAAAAAGACCUGUGAGAACUGGAUUAACCCAGAGCCCAUACCAACACCCCGACCAGGACAGUGUUUGAAUAGUGCUCUGAUGGAGCAGGGCUUUGAGUCCUCCCUGAAGCUGCCAGAUAAAGUGCUGACAUUCGUGCGUGAUCACCCGCUUAUGGAGAACAGUGUGGUGGCAGCACCCCUGAUGAUCAGAAAUGGUGUCACAUACACUAAACUAGCCGUCAACCUAACAGCUGCCUCCAGUGGCCUGAAGCAACACAUGAUCACCGUUUUGCACCUUGGAACGGAUCGUGGAGAGCUGCACAAAGUCGCUAUAGUUGGUCCGAAUGCAACACUUAUCGAAGAAGUCCCUCUAUUUUCUGCACAGGAGCCAGUGAAUAACAUAUUGCUAUACAAAGAUGAGGCUCUGGUGGGCACUCCUCUCUCUCUGGUGAAGUUACCCAUAGUGGGUUGUUCUCUGUAUUCUACCUGCGAAGUGUGUGCACGUGCCCGAAGUCUUGGCUGCGUAUGGAGGCACAAAGAGGGAGAUUGUGUUAUGAAGCCUGGUGAAGUAGUGGAAGCAGAUGAUUUGGUCAGGGAAUGUAACAAAGGUGAAGGUCUUUGCUCCCCACCGGUGAUUGAAAUGCGUGUUGUAAAGGGUCUGCGUGUCCUGCUUUCUUGCGUUCAACUGUCUCCUCGUCCCUGCCGCUGGGACCAUCCUCCGCAAAGUCACACCCGCCGCCACAACAGUGACCUGGAGGUGCAGGUCACGGAGAAGAGCCUGGGCACCUACGUGUGUCUAUGUGAUGAAGUGGGCAGAGAUCAGCCACCCUGCCGCAGAGCCGAGUACCAGCUGACCCUUGAUGACCCCAGCAUGGAGGGGAAUGUGGCCACUGCUGGCAGCCGACACUUCCUGGCUUCACACAUAAUUCUUUUUGUUUUAGGAUUUGUAUUGGGUGGCUUCCUGUUGUUUGUAAUUUAUAAGCAGCAAGGUGGCAUGAGAGGGGGCGGGCUCUCAUCAUCCACAUUGGAAAAGGGGCGGGACCUGCUUCCUUCUACAGACACCCCGCAGUCUCCAAGCAGUGCCAGCCUGUUGUCCGAGGCAGUUCCAUUGACUGAAAAAAGGAACGGGACACUGAACGGUCACGGACAUAAUAUGCACCCAGUCGGGCACAACAGCAGGCAUAUUUAUUCUAACUCCAGUGGACUGAAACUGCAGGAAUCAGCCGUGAACCUAGCAGAGGAGCUGGACGGUAGAGAAAGGGCAGGACCUGACGGGGAAGAGGAGGGGUUGGGGGAGGGGUUAAGUGAGAUGGAGGAGGAGUUUUCUAAGAUGCCUUGCCUAAGAGGAGCACCUCUGGCACAGUGUGAAGAAAGCUCUAUCUAAAGACUGGAACACACGUGGUUUUUGAGACUAAACUCGGUGAAAGGCUCGCAAACACAGAUGGAGGGCUGGACGAGAAGAGGAAAGCAGACAAUCAAAGAAACCGAUACGCAUUCCAAAUAAACGAUUAGCAUACGCAAUCGCACAAAGAAACUCAAACAGAUAAACUGCAUUUGUUGGAGGUUCCUCUACUACUCCAUUACAUCACUUUCCAGUCCAUUCACUCCUGUGUACAUAACAUGCUGUGUAGACCUGUGUCUAUUCUACUGUUUCUGCAUGUAUUUGUUUAGACCAAUAAGCACUUUUGUGUACCGUCCUCAAAGCCAUGCGCACCCACAUGGAAAUACGCAGUCUGUGUAUCUGUGUGUGUGUAGUUCUUAGUUGUUCUGUCUGUUUCCUCUUUGAGGAUUUAGGUCCUCGAGGACUUUCAGAGGCUAAUGACCCCCUCUGCGGCCCAGAGCAACACAAAGCCAGGAAGAAUCUGCUAAUUCUGGCCUGAUUACCGAAGUAAAACUAUUUGAUUUGCCACCAAAAAGGGCUUUCGAGCACGAAAUCCUUCUGUGAUCGAUGCUUCAUAGCAGCAAAUAAUGAAUGAAUGGAAAUGUGAUUUUUGCCUUACAGAUAAAGCGGUUAUAGUACUACUAAUGAAGGUACUGUUGCCUACGGCAGGGCUGGAUUGUGGUGUCCGUGCUAGAGACAGGGACAGAAAGGAGCCCUCGGAGCGUACAUUAUGAGCUGGGUCCCUUGAUGUGGGGGAAUUACUGACAUGGACCACCAAAGAGUGUGCCAAGGUGCUCCACCGGGCCGUGAUUCGGUCCGGAACUACAGUGCCCCAUUUUAAGUGAAGAGAGAAAAUGAGGAACAGAACUAUUUAGCAGUCUUCUCCUGUAUGUCAAACCUGUGAACUGAUAGUAGAUAGGACAAAUGGACUCUACUUGACCACUGCAAAGUCAAUCAGUCACAUUCAGAGCAAAGAGAGUCGCUCUGCUUUGGAAUGUGUUUUGUGGUGUCACGAAAAGCAGUCAAACCACUGCCAUCUGCAUAGGGACCAGAUGUAGCAUGUUCUGUUCAUUAUAAUCUGCACAGACAGAGGACCCCAAGAUGAUGGAUGUCACUUUAUAUCAUUUAACAUGAAUGCCUAUUGAAACUGCAAGGAAAACGUCAAAAUGGAAAUGGAAGAGUGAAGGAUUGAUGCAUAAUUAUUGAUUGUUUUAAGUUUCCCUUUAAGGACAGAGAAUGUGCCUCAUUUGAAGGUAUAUUUAUCCCCAGUAAAGUGCAUGAUAAAAAGUAGCCAUGAAUACAGAGCUACAGAUUUGUAACAUGGUGACCAGGGGCUACGGGUUAACCUGAAACACUCCCAGUACAACGAGUGUUGUAUUUAUGUAGCCACGAUGAUGUCUGUUUCAGGAGUAUGUAUAUAUUUGUGAAUAUAAAAAAGAAUGAGAGUAAGAUCUUUACAAACAUUUUUUUUUUCUUGAAGUGGGAGAAGAGAUCUUCCUAAGUGUCAAACAGUCCCUCUGCCAGCCUAAAUGUUGUAUCACUUUUAAAUGCUAUUUCCUGCCAUAUUCCAUUAGAAUAACUUGGAUCUACCCGCAUUCUUCAUUUAUUUAUUUCGUAUUUUUCAAAAAUAUUUGUAACAUUAUGUCAAAGUGAUGGUAACACCCUGGGUUAUGUACAAUAUCUUGUCUUCUAAAUCAUUGCCAGCACUCAAUAAAAAAUGACAACAGGUACAUUCAAACACAAACAGUCAUCAUUUUAAAAUCCUGAUCUUCUUUUGAUAUUAUAGUGAUCAUUUAAAAUAAACCUUCAACCCUCUCAAUGUACCAUAGUCAAUCUGCUGUAGUUCAACUUGUCCACAUGGUUUUAUGUUAAUAUUAUUAAAAUAACAGAUCAUUUAGUGUGACAUGCUCUUCGUUGUUUAUUCUAAAUAAAGAAGUAUGCUAAUUAAUGUACAGAAAUGUUGUAUUCUAAGUUUAUAUUUUUAUAAUUUAUAUACAUGCUAAUGAAUAUUUGUGUUUCAAACAUUUAUUGAAGGUGUUUGUAUGAAUGGCUCUAUGUGUGAAUGCAUUGUGAAGCUCUUUGGAAUAAAAUAAAUAAUAAAAAAAAA